UCUAACUAUUCGCUUGGCACUUUCAUCUAUACUUUCCUCCAAACACUGUCAAUAUGUCCGCCUCAAGCCAUGCAAUGAUUAACGAAACCCUGGAACGCCUCACUGUGGAGGCAGCAGACCACUUCUUGCAGAUGGGUGUUUCCACUGAAGCUACAGAAAGGAUCAAGAUGUUUCCUCUUCAACACCCAAAGUGGAAAGAUGUUCCGCAGCCGGACAGUGGUCCAAACCGGUCUCAUGCUAAGCAACCACGACUGCACCCCCCAGCAAGUCGAAGACCUGCAAAUCCUGGGCAGUCUUAUCGAUUUCGAAAACGCCGCAUACUGCGUCCGGGACGAAAUUAUGGACAACUCGACUACCCGACGCGGCCUUCUAUGCUGGUAUCGACGGGAUCGUGUUGGCCUGAUGGCGGUUAAUGACGGCUGUCUACUGAAAUCCAUGAUUUCCCUCAUGGUCACUAAGCACUUCAAGAGCCACCCCAUCUACUUCCCGCUCCUAGAACUCCUUAACGAUGCCUCGCUACGAACUGAGCUAGGGCAGAACAUCGACCUCAUGGCUGCCGAGAAACUGGUUUCGCUGGAGCAGUUCACGGAUGACAGAUAUCAAUGGAUCAUCGAGCACAAGACUGCGUAUUAUACAUUCUAUGUUCCCUUUGCAAUCCCUUUUAUCUAUCUUGGGCUUGCUACGCCGAAGAAACUUGAGGGAAUUUAUCAAAUUAGGAUGUUGUUUGGGCUUAUCUUCCAAGCCCGUGAUGACUUUCUGGAUGUCUAUGGGGAAUGCGAAGACGACUGGAAAGAUAGGGACUGAUAUCACGGAAAAUAAAUGUACUUGGCUUGCGGUUGAAGCGAUAAAAAGAAGCGAUGAGCGUCAAAGAAGUUUUUUGAAGAGUUGUUACGGAAGUCAGAACAAGGAAG